AUGUGCGUCUACAUCACGGAGGACAUGCUGCUGUCACGCAAGUUCAACGGGCACUCGGGGCUUAUCGUGAAAGAGAUCAGCUCCUCCACCUCCAGCUCCUCGGAGACGGUGGUGAAGCUGCGAGGGCAGAGCACCGACUCCUUACCCCAGAGGGCCUUCUUGCAGUUGGCCAGCCUCUGCCAGGACACGGCCCAGAGCUACACCUUCGGCUGCGCCCACGGGCUGGAGGAGGACGGGCUCUACUGCAACGGCUGCUUGGCCCAGCAGUGCAUCAACAUGCAGGAGACCUUCCCCGUCAAAAGAACCAGCAAAUACUUCUCGUUGGAUCUCACCCACGACGAAGUCCCCGAGUUCGUCGUCUGA